AUCACAAAACCCAAUUUUUCUUUUUUCGUAUACUUAAAUUUCAUUUUCUGUAGUGAAUACAGAGGGAAAUGGCGUUAAGGCAGAAGUUAGGAUGGUCAGAGGGAGAUUUGAUGAGAUCUGAUGCUAAGCCAUGUUCAAGGCUGAUGAGACAAACAGCUGCCAUUUUCACUGUUGGUGGAGCUCUUGGCUUCUGGGUUCUCUGCAGACUUCACUAUGGUCCGAGGAUCACAGUGCCAAGGAGUCUACGGUGGGCUGGGUGUGGUGCUGUAUCCGUAAGCACAUCAACUGCAAUGCUUGUCCGACUCUUCAGCCCUGAAUGUGAACCACAAAACAUUGCUGCGUAUGAUCACAUCAAAACACCUCAAGCUUCACUUCCUUAAAACCAUCAGUUUCUGGCUUUAUCUAUUAUGUGUAUGGACCUCGUAUUUUGUACAUUCCGUUGCAAUACAUGAAUUUAGGUAAC